ACUCACCUUCGAUCCUCGUACUUCUAGUAAGCUUACCUAGAGGCUUAAUAACACAGAAUCCCCGAUCGGUGCUGCAACCUCACCCGUCAAACCUGCAGUGUUGAAUCGUCGUCGCGCUCGCAGUGCUCACAUACGCCUCGCGAUUGGUUGACUGGCUCAUUCGAGGGCUUCGAAGGCGUCAUUAGAAGGCAGAAGGCAAAAGAAGCCUGCAAUCUACUUCUGCAGCACUUGCAUUCAUUGUGCACAAGUGGUCCACCCACAUCUUGCUCAGCUGCACAGCCAGGACCGGGCGACUACGGUAGCUACUUCUGUUCUCGCCAUGGACGACAACUACCGUUCAGACGAACAGCGCGACCGCUCACCCCGUCGACGAUCCCGCUCACCGCGACGCUCUCGUCGUUCAUAUUCGCCUCGCAGCCGUUCGCGCAGUCGAGACGACUACCGCCGCAGCGAACGCCGUUCACGGUCGCCCAACAGUGGUGCGCAGGGCACAGGUGGAUAUCAAUCGUCGUCUUACGGAGCUAGUCGCGGAGCACCGUCGUCGCGUCCCGUGGAAAACAAGGACAACAUGAUGCAGAGCAUUCGGGACUCGUCGCAGCAGAACCGCCGCGUCUAUGUCGGCAAUCUGUCUUACGACGUCAAAUGGCACCAUCUGAAGGACUUCAUGCGACAAGCUGGUGAAGUUCUCUUCGCAGACGUGCUGUUGCUUCCGAACGGAAUGUCGAAGGUAAUGAAAAAUGGCUGGUCUUGAUCGUGAGAAGGAUGGAGG